AUGGGAGACUGGAACUUCCUUGGCGGGAUCUUGGAGGAGGUUCAUAUCCACUCCACCAUGGUGGGAAAGAUCUGGCUGACCAUCCUCUUCAUCUUCCGGAUGUUGGUGCUGGGCGUCGCGGCGGAGGACGUGUGGAACGACGAGCAGUCGGACUUCAUCUGCAACACGGAGCAGCCGGGCUGCAGGAACGUCUGCUACGACCAGGCCUUCCCCAUCUCCCUCAUCAGGUACUGGGUGCUGCAGGUGAUCUUCGUGUCCUCGCCCUCCCUCGUCUACAUGGGUCAUGCCAUCUACCAGCUGCGGGCCCUGGAGAAGGAGCGCCACUGUAAGAAGGUGGCUCUGCGCCGUGAGCUGGAGGCGGUGGACGUGGAGCUGGCGGAGGUGAGGAGGAGGAUUGAGAAGGAGAUGAGGCAGCUGGAGCAGGGGAAGCUCAACAAGGCUCCGCUCAGAGGUUCCCUGCUGUGCACGUACGUGGCCCACAUCGUCACUCGCUCCGUGGUGGAGGUCAGCUUCAUGAUGGGGCAGUUCAUCCUGUACGGACACCACCUGAGCGCUCUCUACAAGUGUGAGAGGGAGCCGUGUCCCAACGUGGUGGACUGCUUCGUCUCCAGACCCACAGAGAAGACCGUCUUCAUGAUGUUCAUGCAGGCCAUCGCCUGCAUCUCCCUGUUCCUCAGCCUCCUGGAGAUCAUGCACCUGGGCUACAAGAGGGUGAAGAGGGGCAUCCUGGACUACUACCCCCACCUGAAGGACGACCUGGACGAUUACUACGUCAACAAGUCCAAAAAGAACUCCGUCGUGCAUCAGGUUUGCACAGGAACAUCAGUGGGACGGAAGACGACCAUCCCCACGGCCCCGAGCGGAUACACUCUGCUGCUGGAGAAGCAGGGCAACGGUCCCAACUACCCCCUGCUCAACGCCUCCUCUGCCUUCAUGCCCAUACAGGGGGACCCUGGUCCAAAACCAGACGGCCGUAAGGACGGCAAGGAGGGGGUGCCGAGCCCCACGGAGCAGAACAGCAACUCCAACAACACCAGCAGUGAGACCCGUUCACCUCCUGCGGACAAACAGGACGAACCAGAGGAACAGUCCUCCCCCCACCACGAAGACCUGGAGUGUCCGAGCUCCGAGUACCCCACCCUCCCUGUAGCGGACACCUCCUCCUGCACCACGCUGUCAGGGAUAGCGAGGAAGUCUCGGAGGGUCACCCCCCCGUGGAACUGCUCCACGGUGGUGGAGGGGAACGGCUCGGACAGCGGAGACUCGUACCACGGCAACAGCAGCAGCAUGAAGCUGCGCAGCAGCUGCGUCGGCCCCAGAGCCAGGGUGCUCUCCAAAUCUGACAUCAAGAGGCCGAGCAGGUCCCACAGCCCCGACUCUGCGGAGGAGCUGAGCUCCGUGUCUCGACACAGCCGGGAGAGUAACAGCCCCACCGCCUCUUCCCCCAACCGCAGGGUGUCAGCGGCGAGCAGCGCCAGCAGCAGACGAGCCCCCACCGAUCUGCAGAUAUAAACAGACUGUGGCUCCCAACAUGGCAACACAAACUCUCCCUCAAGUACUGAAGAGGAUCAGGGCCGUGUGAACAUUUAGAUUUUAUUUUAGAUUUUUAGAAUUCUCACUUUAAACUCAGAAUUCUGAAAAAAGGCAAAAAUUCUGAGAAAAAAAAUCAUAAUUCUGAGAUUAAAAUCAGAUUUCUAAAAAUAAAAAAAUCACGUGGCCCUGAUCCUGUUCCAUAGAGAAGCCAGGUCCAUGUUUGGGUUCAAACUGUGAUUAUCCCACUGAAACCAGAGAGAAGCCUUUUCCAAUCAUAAAGACAAUCUGAAGUCAAACAUGUCCUUACUUUGAAAAGGCGGCCAUUGUUUUUUUCACAUUUGCAGGUUGUUACAUGAAUCCAGAUGGACGUUAAUGAUUUGGUUGCAUGGGACAGUUCUGUGUGAAUGAUUCGGGGGGAUGGAAACUGAACCGCAGAUCUAUAAAGCUGUUUUAGGCCGCCACACUCUGUUACACAACCGGAUCCUUUUAAAUCAGUAACACUGAAUUAAUGCAGCUCCUGUUCCAGUUCUGGAGCCUCUGUCACUGUGGAAAAUAUCUUUGUGUUGUUAUGACAUGAAUAAAAUCAAUCUUUAAUGUGCUGUCAUCUAUCAGACUUUAAAUUCC